AUGGCGAAACCCAUCGAUAAUCCUUGCGAAGACGAGCCACAGGCACUACCCUUCAGAACUGGAGGUCCACUCGCUCGCAUUGAGGAAUACACCAUCUUCUACUUCCUCGCAAUUUGCUCAUGGUGCCUGGAGAUUGUCGCUGCAUGCCUAGGAUCUCUCUAUGGAGGGCAAAGCCAUCCGUUUAUUGGCACUGUUACGCCAUUUCUUGCCAUGCACUGGAUGGCGUUCCUUCAAACUUGCUGGAUGAUGGCGACCGCUCCUCGCAACACGAUCGCAGACCGGAUGGCCUACCUCAAUCUUGCUUGUAGAUUCCAAAGACUGUGUGCUCCAACUGCCCUGAUCGGCAUGGUUACCUGGGCCGUCGCAUAUCGUUUCCGCGGCAAAGCCUCCAGCCAGGCGUACUGGAUUAUCUUUUUGAUCGUGUGGAUUCUCGAAACGGUCGUCUGCAUCAUGAAUGUCUACAACAACAUCAGCUGGGAGAGCGACCUGCUAUAUCAAAUCGCUCCCGAUGAGCCUCAAGGCAAUUUCUGGCUGGCAGUUCUGGGUAUUCGAUCCAUGUGUCGCUCGAAGCACAAGCAUCAUGAAAACGAGGAGAUGGAAUUGAAGCAAACGAAAAGCGGAAGAGUGUAA